GUGUGCCUGUCGUAUGGACCACUCCAAAAUUGGGAGUUCCUCUUCUACUACGGCUUCUGUCCGCAGGCCAAUCCGCAUGACCGACUCAUCAUCAACGUGGACCUCCCGGAUGACGAGAGCACCGCUGAGAAGGAGGUGGUCCUCCAGCUACAAGGCAUCCCUACAGAGCUGGCUUUGAGACCUCGUGGUGCGCUGCCCGAGGCGAGCGAGUCUUGGGCCGCGAUGAGGUCCCUGCCCCCGCAGCUGCUGAGGUGUUUCCGCGUGUUGCUGGGCCAGAUUCAGGACUUGGAUGUGGAUGCAGCGCCUGGAGAAGGAGGGAUGCUGGAGUUGGACCUGCAAUGCCUAGACGCAACGCAG